AUGCCAAAACAAGAUCAAUAUGGUAGUCAACCACCUAUUGAAUUAUUAAGACAAUAUCAAGAUUUUCAUGGUUUCUAUGAUAGAGAUAAAUUAGAAUGGAUUAAUAUUCAAAAUAUGAUAUUAUGUUCAGCAUGUGGACCACCAGGUGGUGGAAGAAAUUCAAUCACUUCAAGAUUGAUAAGACAUUUUGCAUUAUUUGUUAUACCUUCACCAUCAGAAAUAAGUUUAAAACAAAUAUUUUCUUCAAUUAUAAAU